CUGUGCUCCUGCAUGUUCAGCCGAGUACGCAGCCCCACCCGGAGGGCGGGCGACAAAGCUUCGCCGCGCGGCACGGUCGCCACCACCACGGCUGUCAGCGUGGAGGACGCCUUUGUGAUCGGCGCGCUCCACCGCGGUCAGAUUGGUCCGACGUACAAGACAGCUGGCCGAAAAAUACCCGCCGGCUCAACGUGCGAGAUGUCCUUCGAGUUGGAUUGCGCGUCGGUGAUGGCGUGGAGCUGGGAGGAGCGGAGCGGCGGCGACGUCGUCUUCAAGGCGGUCCUCCCCGGCCUCGACCGUGACUUUGAGGAGGAGCUGUCGCGCGCCGCUGGGCCGGGCGUGGCGGCCGAGGGGGCGGUGCUGAGCGCGCACACGAGCGGCGUGCUGCGCGUGCCUGCCGGCUCCGUGAUGCUGACCUGGUCCAACGUCAGCGGCUGGUCGGAGCGGACAGUCAGCUACCGCGUCAUGAGCUGCAGCCGGGACGCCCUCGAGAUGGAGCGGGAGCGGAUGGCGGCGGAGGCGGCGAGGGCGGCGAGGGCGGCGGAGGAGGAGGCGGCCCUCGCGCGCAAGCAGCUGCUCCUCUCAAAGGCCGAGAUGCAGCCGAGAUGCAGCCGAGAUGCAGCCGAGAUGCAGCCGAGAUGCAGCCGAGAUGCAGCCGAGAUGCAGCCGAGAUGCAGCCGAGAUAGCCGCAAGCCGCAGGCGAGCAGUGUCGCGAGCAGCUUUGCGGCGCUGCUGCAGGAGCGGGCUGCUGUCGAGCAGGCGGAGGCGCAGGAGGCACUGGCCGCGUGCGAUCGCGCAGAGGCGGAGGCGGAGGCAGCGGCCGCGGCGGCAGCGGCGGCAACGGAUGAGGAGAGGGAGGACCUCGAGGCGGCCGCAGCAGCAGCAGCAAGGCGAUCCGAGGAGGCCCGGCGCGUGGCGCGAAAGGAGGUCGCAGAGGCGGUCGCGGCGGACAAGGCGGCGAUAGCCGCGGGGGCGGCCACGACGGGGCAGCGGAGCAAAUAG